CGCGCUGGAGCGUUGUGGCGGCAGCCGGCAGGGUGUAGCGGCUGAGUGUAUGAAGAUGGAAUUUACAAUUAAACACACAUGGGAUGGUUUACCUGUGAGCCAUGAGCCAGCAACAAUUUGGCUGAAGUCAGACAAUGUGGGACUGCUAAUGGAAGUUAGUGCUCCCUUAUUUAAUGACCCUCCAGCACCACUUGGAGAGCCAGGGAAACCUUUUAGUAGACUGUGGGACUAUGAGGUUGUAGAAGCAUUUUUCCUGAAUGACAGAACUGAACAAUAUUUAGAAGUUGAACUUUGUCCCCAUGGACAGCACUUGUUGUUGCUGCUUUCUGGCAGAAGAAGAGUAUGGAAAGAAGAAGUUUCUUUAAAGUUUGAGGUGACCAGAAUGAAAACCAAAUGGGAGGGUAAAGUUCACCUUCCUUGGAACUAUUUUCCACCAUGCAUUAACAAGUUCAACGCAUUUGCAAUUCAUGGCUCAGGAGAAGAAAGGAAAUACGAAGCGCUUUAUCCGGUACCUCAACAUGAACUACAGGAAGGACAGAAACCAGAUUUUCAUCGCCUGGAAUUUUUUGAAGAUUUGAACUUGAAAGGACUAAUGGGAGAAGAUUGGAAGCAGCCUGAAUCAGAUAUUUGGAAAUCUCAAUAAUUAAAUGGAUCAUGGCAAAAAUUUUUAUAGCAUUAAGGUUGGAUGAAGCUGUAUGGAUGAAACAACUUCAUUCUGAGCAGAGUCUGUAAAUAUCGGAUUCCUAAGGCAUUUCUUGACAUCAAAAUCAUCGAUCAGUCUUAAAAUCAGCUGCAAAGUAUCUGAAUGUACAUACUAUGCAACAGCUGUCCUUCAGUUCAUCUAGGUUUGGAGUUUUUCAUAUGUAGUGAAUCUGCACCUACCAAUGAAGGGGAGAAGUGCUAAAAUUACAGCUGUGGUUUUGUGAGAGCUCCAGCCUGAGAAGGCCAAUAUCUGGCUUGGAAUCCUUCAGUUUCUUCGAGUUAGUCCAUUUCUGCUGUAUUUUCUUGUUUGUUUGUCAUUCUUUUGAAUGAGUCUUACUUGUCUAAUUUUUUUUUUAUUGCAAUCAGGAGAAAAAUACCUCUUCUGGAAACAGAAAAGAAUAUUGCCAUCAUGGCAUUUGUGGCCCAGUACUUACAUUACAAAGUGCUGUGGAGGCAUUGCACUAUCCUCUUACACCUUCCUAUACAAGUUUUUCCUUUCAUGGUAUUGAAGGGGAACUUAAUCUGUGUUAGUUUACUAUCAGACUUCUCCCCUUCAAAUUCAGUGUGGAAUUUCUAGUGAUAUUUAGGUAUGGACAGUAGAUCUACAAAAUAUUUUAUAUAUUCCAGGAAAAGUUUCUGGGACAAAUAAUGGUUAGUAAAACCUUUUGUUGUACCUACAAAAGCUCAUUUGUUCUAAGACCUUGUCACAUCACCUUAAGGAUUCAGCUCAGACACAGAAUUUUGUAUGCAUGCCAGCUGAUGUCAGAAAUACUCUAAUUUUAAAUGCUUACAUUUUCUAUGUGCAGGCAGGAAUAUUUUUAACAGUAGUGAAUACUGUUAGAUGGCAACCUCAAAUUGUAAAUUCUCAGUCCCCUACUAGAAAGAGGACUUACCUACAUCUUGUUGAAAUGUCUUCAUCACAGGCUGAAAGGUCAUGUUCUCUAGUUUUGUGAGAAGGUUUGUUUUGGGACUCUGAGAAUGCAGCUCAGUUAUACCUGAGGGAGUAUUUAUCAGAAAUUAUCCCCUGAGGAUGCAGUGUUAGGUCUCAUCCUCUUGUGUUGCAAUUUCUUCUGAACAAUUUAAAAUCCUACAGCUUUCUAGAAGGGACUGAUGUUCUUGCAGUCUGACAUCCCACUCAAAGCAGGGCUGUUGUUGAAGCUAGAUGAGAUCACUCGGGGCCUUGUUGAGUUUUGAAUAACUCCAAAAAAUGGAGCUUCAGGUGCUCCGUGUAGCCUGUUUCAGUACUUUGACAUGAAAACUUGCCUAAUAACCAUUUCCCAUGCUGCAGCAUUGGCCUGUUGCUGUUAGUCCUUUCUGUAUGGCUGAGUGACUUUUUUAAUGUUGACUCAUAAAUGGCUCUAAAAAUCUGUGUAGCUUUAGAUAUCGAGACACCUGUGAAAUUCUGCACAAGACUGCACUCUCCAAGUAAUAUUACUAAAAGGAUUCUCUGUUCUAUUAUGAGCUUGUAUACAGUAAUAGCUAUAGUCAUGUUUGUGUCAUCUCUAAAUUUACCUGUAAAUUUUGUCUGAGAAGAUGGGAAUGCACUUGCCUUUGUGAAAAACAUCUCUGUGUGAUUAAUAUCUGAGAGAGAAUAUUCCUUCAGAGUUUUUGUUUGCCUUUAGGUUCCUUAUUUGGACUUUCAGUUUUAUAGAGGUAUACUUUCAAAUUUAAGGAUGUUGGGCUUUUUUGGAUUCAGACUUUGGCAUGUCAGUGCACUCAUACA